AGUAAGGGAGUCUCCUCUCCUCAUCUCAGAUUUGACACAAACAUGAAACAAAGGCAUGAAUAAAGGUGAGACAUUAGAAAUACAAGUGAGAUUUAGAAAGCAUGUACGAGAGUUGACUACCGUCCUACACCUAAAGACAUUGGUCUCUUUCACACUUUCAGUGGCCAGUGCAUAGUGGAGAAGAAUGGAUUUAUCAUGUAUGUAUGAGUGCAAAAACUGGGCCGGAUUAUCAUAUGUUGGUCGACAUAUGUAUGAAUCAAAAUUCUAAAUUUAAAGGCUGAGAUUUUUCUUUCUUUUUUUUUUUUUUCUUUUUUGCAAUGAAAAAUAGGUAUGUAAAUCCUACGUCACCGUAACUUUGUGUCCAUGGUGUUCUGGACGUGAAGCCAAAUUGCCACUGAACGUAACAAUGCAGUGUUUGAGAAUAGAAUAGUCGACUGCGUACGUGAACAGCGGCAGGGUAAUGUAAGAGGGUGCCUGCCUGCUUGCUUGGUUGGCUUUGGUUCUUUCGGCAAUAGCCAAGUCCAUCAUCACCGCCACGACCACGAGGUGGUGGACCUUUUCUUUUCAUUAUUUGUGUUUACCCGCAAAAAGAGGAACUGACCGCGUUUCCGUUCCGUGCAUUUCUGCUUCCAAUCUUCUUUUCUCUAUUUUGAUGAUUUUGUUCCUUUUCUUUCCAAUAUUCAGAAAACAAAGCAAAAUGCAAAGAAUAAUGGCUCGGCAGGAAAAAGAGGAAACUGCCAUCUUCUCUCGAACCCUGCAGCAGCAACGACAACUGGAAGAAGAAGAAGAAGAGGAAGCCCACCACCACAACAAUGUUCAGGAGAGAGAGGAAGAAGACGAAGAACGAGAAGAGAAGGAUCUCGACCUCUCAUUAUCGGACGAAUCUGGAGUCCCAUCUCAGCCCACCUUCUCUUCUCGGGUGUUGUAUCUACUGGGUGAUAAAACGGCAGGUCCAGCUUAUCGGUUCAACCAAUGGCUGGAUUCGGUUCGUAGGCGCAGCGGCAGAUAUCGCUCUUCCGGCUUUCCCAACCGUCCUCUCCAAAGGAUCGAAAUUAUGCCCUUGAGUGCAGGGGAACUAAUUUUGGAGUCAAAAAGUUUGUUGCCCUCUGAUCAACCUCCAGAUAUCAGCUUGUGGGAAAGACUUGGGGCAGCUGCCAUGUUGGACAUUGAAUCAAGUGAAUUUUCUUGGGAUAUGCUUUCUUCACUACACCAUACUGAACAUAGUAGUAGCACUGAACAUUCUGAAGAUGAAACAAAUAGAGCUCUUGAGGUCACUGUGAAUUCUGGGGGUGUUGUUUUCUUUGCCCUAUUCAGCAGACCUGGAAAUGAUGACUCCAUAAAAGAAGCAGCAGCUGUAAUAAAGAUAGGCUCUUCGAGGAUGGCUACACAAUCAGAGCGACUAGGUUAUGAAUUUGCAAAAUGUCUAGGAGUUCGAAUUCCACAAGCUAGGGUCAUUCACAAUUCUAGCCCAGAAUGGCAACAGAUCAAAGAAGCUGCAGAAAAAGCAAAAGAUGCAGCAAUUUCAGAGAAUGACGAAGUUGGUGAAGUGACGUGUUCAGAGUUGUUGGAGGCUCUCGAAUUGAGCCGCUGCCUUCUUUUGAUGAACUAUAUUCAUGGAUCUCCUUUGCUGGAAAGCUUGAAUGCAUUUGAGCCAAGGGAAUCUGCUGGAAAAACAGCAGCAGCUCUUGGCAGGAUAUUGGUGUUGGACCUUGUCAUCAGAAACGAAGACAGGCUUCCUUGCCGUCAGCUUGGUUGGCGGGGAAAUUCCACAAAUCUACUUUUUUCUGAUAAGGCACCCCCUGUAGAUGUGGAUUCAGUGGAAGAGGCUUUUGAUCCUAUGGCACGACGAUAUAGGCCAAGAACAAUUAUGACACUUCAAAAGGAAAGAAGGGUCAACUCUGCAAAUAUGAAACUAAGCUCUCAUAACCCUGAACUGAUAUCUCAGAGCUCAGAUGUUUCUGACUUCAUGGAUUCUCCCAGAUCCAGUAGCAUAAGCCUUAAGAGCCUAAGAUACGAAGAUGCAAAGUUCAGUAACUGUCAUGUUGUGGUGAUUGACACUGGCAUUCCUCGCCGACCACCUGUUGGAAAACGCACCAACGACCAAACAAAUUAUCCUAAGUUGGUUGAACUUAUUCUCAAUAGUGCUGAGUACUCCUCUAGCCUUUUAUAUGAAAUAACAGGUGGAAAACUGGGGUUUUCCUUACCAGAAGAGGCUGAUACACAAGUUAAUUCGUCUUUAUUUGAUAUGGCUACAUUUGUCCAUGAAUUCCGAAGCGGGUUCCGUGCUGCUCUCAGGGACUUGCAAGGCUUUCAUAUUUUUCUUCUCACACUUCAUCAGAAACUGGAUAUCCUGUUACGAGCUUUUCUGUCUGUCACAGAUAAAUUUUUAUCAGGGGAUUUUGACAAGGAGGAUAUAGGGGUUUCUGAGUCACCCACACAUGCAAUUGGAGUCGGUGUUCACUGUUUUUCCCCUGUUAGUAAAGAACGGUGUAUAAAUGAGACACAUACAGAGUUGAGUGAUUCAGAAUUGCGGCGAACAGCCCCGAGGACACCAACUUCAGGAUACAAAGAAAAUCCUGACCAAGCUUUUCCCAUCUCAAGAGAAGGUUGGCAUGGAAAGUGUAGAGGCAGAGGAGAGUCCCAAAGAAGCCUUCUGUUAGCAAAACUUCGUGACUUCAACAAAUUUGCCAAGUUGGAUGCUGAACUAAACAGAGAAUUGGAACAAUGGAAUGAAAUGAUUAGGUCAGAUGCUAUUAAACUGUGUCAAGAGAAUAAUUUCAUUACAGGAUUUUUUGAGGGGAGUGAUACCAAUAGUGUUGUUGAUGCAUAUGAAUUAAAGGUCCGUCUUGAGCAUAUUCUUGAGAGGAUUGCCAUGAUAUCUGAUGCUGCAAAUACAGAGAAGCCAUCUUCAAUCACAAGUAGUAUGUUCAUUGGUGGGGCCCUUGCUGCAAAAUCCAUUUACACACUUCAGUAUUUGGGCAUCACACAUAUUCUGUGCUUGUGUUCAAACGAAAUUGGUCAAUCAGAUUCUCAGUAUCCUGAUCUUUUCGUGUACAAGAAUUUCUCUGUAUGUGAUGAUGAGGAUUCUAACAUCAGUAAAAUUUUCGAAGAAGCUUCUGAUUUUAUUGAUUAUGUGGAAGACAUAGGUGGGAGGGUUCUCAUUCAUUGUUUUGAAGGGAGAAGUAGAAGUGCCACAGUGGUUCUUGCUUACUUGAUGCUAAAGAAGAACUUCACUUUAUUAGACGCAUGGAAUCUCCUAAAAAAAGCUCAUCGCCGAGCACAACCCAAUGAUGGGUUUGCAAGGAUCCUUAUGGAACUUGACAGGAAAUUGCACGGAAAGGUUUCCAUGGAGUGGCAGCAAAGAAAGCCAAUAAUGAAAGUUUGUUCAAUCUGUGGAAGGAAUGUAGGGCUGAGCGGCACCUCUCUCAGGCUUCAUUUGCAGAAGUCACAUAAGAAACUCUCAUCGAGGAGCGCGGAUAGUGCCAUGACCAAGGAAAUACAUAAGGCUGUUAAUGUAUUUAAGAUGAGCCGCAGCGUGAGCAUCAGCCCAAUUCAGAAGCAUUCUCAUUCAAUCAGUGAUGGUUGCAAUCCAUAAUGUUGAUGUCCUUCAAUCUUUGGGAAGUGUUACCAGAUGCAUGAGACUAACCAAGAACUAGUAUGAGUUGCACCAAUGGAUAUAGUCAGUAGUACCCUCAGGAGAUAAACUAAUCUUCACAUCCUGGCCCCUGCCUAGGUACCAUGCAGUAGUAAGAGAGGGAAUUCAGAUUAAACCAUCAGUUUGCCAUUCAUUUGCAUUAACGGAUUUUAAUCAAGUAGGCUAAUAUUGGGGAGUGUCAUGGCUUCUCUACUGAAUACUGUAGGAUCAUGGCUCAUGCAUAGCCAUCUUUGAAAUAACUGAACUGAUGGUGAUGUCCUGAUAUAGUAUUGUAUGGUCUUCAUUCGUGA